UGGAAAACAGACCCUCUCUACAGUGUUUACGUUCUUCCUUGUUUCAAAUGUAGGCGAAUUUUCGAACUUUGUGCGACAUCUGCAAAACUGGGUAAAAUGAUUAAAGUUUUGUUAAGGUUUGGAUCCUAAAGUGACAUACGACUUGAGAAGAUUUGAAGAAUCAUCCAUUGGUUUGUUUACAACAGGUGUUGAAACGAACAGCUAAGGAUGCACUUUAAAACCAUCAUUUUGGUACUUACUGUCUUGUUCAGUCGUACUUCAGCAUUCCCUAAUUUGGCCGCCAAUGGUUCAGCGAUUCAAAGUAGUGUUUACAAGGGUGCUGAUAAUAUUUAUGGUGCAUGGAAAGUAAUUGAUGGAAAUACAAAUCAAGUUUUUACUGCGGGAAGCUGUUGUCACACUGCUAGAGGUUGGACAAAAGCAUGGUGGAGACUGGAUCUUGGGUAUUCAGCAUACAUACAUAGAGUUGUUAUGUAUUAUAGAGGAGACCAAAUUCCUAGGAUCAAAGGAUAUUAUCUAUACGUAUCGGACUCAUUUAGUGAUGAGAAUCCAAAUUCUGGACAUGAAUGCUAUCACUACCCAAUGAGUGGUCAAUUGCCAAACACAAUACAGAAUAAAACUUGUGACUUGACUGGUAGAUAUGUAGUGUACUACAAUGAAAGGGAUGGGAUAGAAACCUAUGUAGAACUUUGUGAAGUAGAAGUCUUUGGCUGCCCCGUAGGACGACAUGGAUCACAAUGUGAAUUUUCCUGUCCAGAUAAUUGCAAUGAUGUUACGUGCAGUAUUUUGGAUGGAUCAUGUACAUCUUGUAAAGCAGGCUUCAAGGGAAAUCGUUGUGAUCAAGAAUGUGAUACAGGAACAUUUGGAAAUAACUGUCUUCAAAAAUGUACCAAUUGCUUAUCCGGCAAUUGUGACCGUUUCAAUGGAACUUGUGGUCCAUCUGGAGUAUGUAAAUCAGGAUGGCGCGGGCCAGGAUGCAAUGAUACAUGUGGAAAAGGAACCUACGGAAUUAACUGUUCUAUGUCCUGUAGCAAUUGCAUAAACGAGUCUUGUGAUCAUUUUAUGGGAAAUUGUCUGAUAGUUGGCGGUUGUAAAGCAGGAUAUUAUGGUUCAAAAUGUAGUGAAGAAUGUGAUACAGGAACAUUUGGAAAUAACUGUCUUCAAAAAUGUACCAAUUGCUUAUCCGGCAAUUGUGACCGUUUCAAUGGAACUUGUGGUCCAUCUGGAGUAUGUAAAUCAGGAUGGCGCGGGCCAGGAUGCAAUGAUACAUGUGGCAAAGGAACCUACGGAAUUAACUGUUCUAUGUCCUGUAGCAAUUGCAUAAACGAGUCUUGUGAUCAUUUUAUGGGAAAUUGUCUGAUAGUUGGCGGUUGUAAAGCAGGAUAUCAUGGUUCAAAAUGUAGUGAAGAAUGUGAGAGAGGAACAUUUGGGAAGAGCUGUCUUCAAAAAUGUAGAAAUUGCAUAUCCGACAAUUGUGACCGUUUCAAUGGAACUUGUGAUCCAUUGGGAGUAUGUAAAUCAGGAUGGCGCGGGCCAAAAUGCAAUGAUAAAUGUGAGAGAGGAACAUUUGGGAAAGACUGUCUUCAAAAAUGUAGAAAUUGCAUAACCGACAAUUGUGACAAUUCCAAUGGAACUUGUGAUCCAUUGGGAGUAUGUAAAUCAGGAUGGCGCGGGCCAAGAUGCAAAGAUACAUGUGGCAAAGGAACCUACGGAGAAAACUGCUCUAUGUCCUGUGGCAGUUGCAUAAACGAGUCUUGUGAUCAUUUUAAUGGAAAUUGUAUUAUAUUUGGCGAUUGUAAAGCAGGAUAUCAUGGUUCAAAAUGUAGGGAAGCAUGUGGCAAAGGAACCUACGGAGAAAACUGUUCUAUGUCCUGUAGCAAUUGCAAAAACGAGUCUUGUGAUCAUUUUAAUGGAAAUUGUAUGAUAGUUGGCGGUUGUAAAGCAGGAUAUCAAGGUUCAAAAUGUAGUGAAGAAUGUGACAGAGGAUUCUACGGGGUUAACUGUGCUAUGUCCUGCAGCAAUUGCAUUAACGAAUCGUGUGAUCAUCUUGAAGGAAUAUGUCAAACUGUUGGUUCUUGUAAAGCAGGGUAUCGUGGAUCAAAAUGUAACCAAUAUACAUUCCCUUUAAAGAUCAGCAAAGCACAGUGGAUAAUAAUUGGAGGAGUUAUUGGAGCAAUCUUAGCUGUCAUUGCAAUUAUAUUAAUCGUAAUAUCAGUUUACAGAAAACGUGCAAACGGACCUGGUAAACCAAUAAGAGGUACACAGUUCUCAAGUGAAGUAACAGAAUUGUUUAAUCCAGGAUAUUCCAAUGAAACAUUUGAAAGUCCACAAUACGCACAUGUAGAAAAAGAAAAUCAAAUGUCAUUUAAAGGAAUCAUGGUUGAGUUAGGAAAUGUUUUAAUGACAGAAAAUUUAGAUGCUAAUGGCACCAUACCUGAUAAUCUUUAUCCAAACAUAGAGUCAAUAGAUGCUGAAAAUUUAUAUUCAAAUACAGAGGCAGAGAACGUAUUUUCAGAAUACAAUAUUGCAGUUGGCAACUUACUGAGCGUUGCAAAAAUGAAACGAAAAAAUAACGCAUUUAAAAAAGAAUGUUUUAUGCUACCAAUGGGUUUACAUUUUCCACAUUCAGAGGGUGAAAGAGAAGAAAACAUCAAGAAGAACCGAUUUCUGACGACAUUUCCCUACGACCAUUCAAGAGUUAAGCUAGAAGUGUAUGAUACCAGCACAGACUACAUUAAUGCCAAUUAUAUAAAGAACUACAGCAAAGACAAGGCAUAUAUUGCAACACAAGGACCUAAGAAAAUUACCUUAAGUGACUUUUGGCAAAUGAUUUGGCAAGAAAAUGUGGAUACAAUUAUAAUGGUCACAAAACUAGUGGAAGGUGAUAAGAAAAAGUGUGAUCAAUAUUGGCCCGAGUCAACACAUAAACAAGUUUUGAUUGGUAAAUUCACACUCGAAAUGUUAGAGGAAAAAGAAAAUACAGUAUACAUUUAUCGCUGUAUACAAUUAUCAUGUGAACACACCGACAGAACAGUUCAUCAAUUCCACUUUACACAAUGGCCUGAUCAUGAUGUGCCUGACAAAACCCAUUUAGUAAAUUUCUACCGGAAAGUGAAGUCAAGGCCAACUAAUGGAUCUGGACCGAUGGUAGUUCACUGCAGUGCUGGGAUUGGCAGAACUGGAACAUUCUUAGCACUGGACGCAUUAUAUGAACACGGCAAAACAACUGGGUUUGUUAAUAUUAUGGAAUACACACAUAUGAUGAGACAAGACAGAAUGAAUAUGAUCCAAACUGUGGAACAAUAUGCGACGGUGUACGAUGUUUUAGUAGAGGCUUUCACCGUACCUCAAUCAGCUAUUCCUAGACAAAAUUUCUUGAAUAUGCUGGAUUCAAGACUUAUUGAAAGGGAGUAUCAAAAAUUACAGGACUUAAAACCUACAAUUGAGGCUAAUAAAUUCCAAGCUGGCAAACGAAAGGAAAAUGUUUCAAAAAAUGCUGUUCAAAAUAUUUUACCACAUGAUGAUUACAGGCCGUACCUUAUGUCGUAUGGGAGAUCUAGUAAUGAUUAUAUAAAUGCUGUGAAGAUACCAAGUUUUAGAGAGGGAAAAAAUAUUCUUGUUACACAGUAUCCAUUACAAAGUACUAUCGGUGAUUUGUGGUCCCUGAUCUAUGACAAUGAUUGCAGAACCAUGGUUAUUUUAGAAAAAUUAGAUGAGGAUGUAAUACCGAGCAAUACUUACCACAGAUUCAGCAACGAUAAUUUCAUCAUAAGCAGAAAUUCGUCAAAUGUAUUACAAGAUAAAUUAACAAUUUCACUAAGACAUAAGAACAAGAAAGAAGAAAGACCCAUAACUGUUUUUGUUUAUAACGAUUGGGGAGAUAAUAACAUGAUGCCAAACUCAACAAAGACUAUGGCUGAUUUCAUGGAAAAGGUCUCCAGGACUACACGUGAAGAUAAUGAAUCCAUAGUCGUCAUUUGCAGGGACGGUUGUACGAGAUGUGGCAUAUUUGUAACUUUGGACUUAGUUUUAGAGAAAAUGGAAAUAGAUGAAGAAAUUGACAUCUUUCAAGUCGCAAGACAAAUUCAAACUCGACGGCCUCAAUUUUUGUCCAGUAUUGAGCAAUUUGAGUUUUGUUAUUGUGCUCUAAAGGAAUUACUUAACAGUGAGUCAGUGUAUGCAAACUCAGGAAACCUGCUGUCGGUUUACAGAUAAGAAGUUUGUUGACGAUAAUAGUGAUUUGAAAAAAAAAAAAUUGACACAUUUAAAAUUAUUACUCUGAUUUACUUUUGCUGCAUUUACUAGUAUACUAUUUCACCGCUUGACAUUUACUGCUUUGCAAUUAUAUUUAAAGAAUCUUUUUAUCAUCUUAUUAAUGUUCUCACAUUGAGUAUUUAACACCAUUGAUUAAACAAGAGCAUCAAAACCCAUGUCACUUGCAACCAAACAUCACUCAAAUAUAUGUUUUCUGUUUUGACUCAUUUUGCUCUUUAAACUGCUGUUAGGUACUAAUUUUUUCGACAUUGUUUUUUUAGGUUCCCCGAAACAAAAUUUCGGAGCAUACAUUAAUUGCUUGCACCGUCCUUCCGUGUGUUCUAAACAUAUGGUUUCCUUAUGGUAACUUGACUAUCCCUUGCUUGAUCAGAAUGAAUUUAUACAGAUGAAAGUGUAAGGCAAGGGGAAGAAGACUAUUGAUUUUAAGGGUCAAUAUAUCAGGCCAAGGUUACAGUUAUCAAAAAUAGAAGCAAAUUGGUAAUGUUUCAGGAUUGUAACUCGAGUCUCCCGUGCUUGAUUGGGAUGCAUCUUAUACAGAUUGAGGAAAAAAGGAAAGGAUAAUAACUCUAUUGAUUUUAGGUCAACAGGUCACUCUUGCUUAAAGUUUGACUUUUUUUAAAGUUGGUUUCAAGAUGGUACAUUUAUCUCACUAUUAAUAGUUACACAUUUAUACAGGUGAAAAAUAAGCAAUGUUUUAUCCCUCUAAACACUAGAAUAUUGAACCCUUGAAAUAAAAUGUUUUCUCUCAAUGAUUGUGCUGUUCGAGAAGCAUCAGUUUGCAAUAACUGCUUUUAAUUUGUAUUUUUUUUAUAUUAAACUUUUGUUUAUGAUAUUUAAUAUGUCAUAAAUGGGAAUUUAUUGAUCAAUGUAAAAAAAAAACCGGUUUACUUAUUUGUAAGCGAAAUGAUUGGGUCUUCUUGUAUCUAAAAAGAAUGCUAAUUGAUGUACGUCCAAAUACCAGUGAAAGAGUUCGAAAAUUGAGAAUUCAUCAAUAAAUUAAUGCAUUUUCAUCUUGUAUCUUCGUUCUUAUUUUUCCAUUCUCUUUUAUUUUAUUAGCUAUUAGUUCAAUUAUUGGUCUCUUGAUCGGUAAAUAACAAAGGAUGUAUCCACUAAAUUCAUAACUCAACUUCAGUAAACUUCAGAUUCCAUUGGCAAACUUUUUAUAUACAGUCUUAAUUUCUUUUCCAUUAUUGAUAUAAUACGGUACAAUGUCUACGCAUGCACUACACCUUUUAUAUUAUAGUGCUGUCCAACAUUCUAGAUAUUCUUACUGUAACUGUUGCUUUUAUCAAUAUGUUAUGGAUAGAUUUUCGCCUAAAAUAUUUCAAUAAAUUAAUGUAUCAGGCAU